GACGAGCGUAGACCGUAGAACAAAGGUUCAGUAUUCUUCACAUUUUAUUUUCGAAUUCUUCUCCUUGAAAGGGAGAAGGAAACGGAAAGGGAGGUGAAGGCAAGGAAUAUAUCGAAUUAAUCUCUCUUUUCGGUUAUCACCGUUUCGGAUGCUGAAAGAUCAGAUCAUGCAAAUCGAUUGAUUUUGUUCUUGAAGUUGGAAAGGGGUGAGUUCUCGCCGUCGGCGAGUGAUUGCAGCUCCGGCCAGGGGGGAAAGAUCGGAGGUCAUGUCUUCUAAAGCCUGAGCCUAUAGUCGAUCUGUUUAACCUCCGCCGAAUAAAUGCCGAUAUACUAUUGCGAAGGACUAGAAGAAUCCUUUUCUCACGAUGAGAGGAAACAACGGAGGUCAGAUGUGGACAACUCUGAGGAUGACAGAAGGAAAACAAAGAUGGGAUCCCUCAAGAAAAAAGCUUUGGACGCCUCUACUAAAUUUACACAUUCUCUUAAGAAAAGAGGGAAGAGGAAAGUUGAUUUCAGAGACUUCUCCGUUUCUAUUGAGGAUGUUAGGGACGUUGAAGAAGAACGUUAUGUCUAUGCCUUUCGUGAAGAACUCCUUGCUAAAGAUUUGUUGCCAAAUAAGUAUGAUGACUAUCAUACACUACUCAGGUUUCUGAAAGCAAGAAAAUUUGAUUUUUCAAAAACAACACAGAUGUGGCAUGAGAUGCUUCGCUGGAGAAAAGAGUUUGGAACCGACACAAUAGUGGAGGAUUUCAAAUUUGAGGAGCUGGACAAAGUACUUCACUAUUAUCCUCAAGGUUACCAUGGCGUUGAUAGAGAGGGCAGGCCAGUAUAUAUUGAGAGACUUGGAAAAAUUGAGCCAAGCAAGCUUAUGCACAUUACUAAUUUGGAACGAUACCUAAAAUAUCAUGUACAAGAGUUUGAGAAAGCAUUUCUUCAAAAAUUUCCUGCUUGUUCCGUUGCAGCGAAAAGACACAUUAACACAACAACAACAAUAUUGGAUGUACAGGGUGUGGGAUGGAAACAUUGGAGCAAAACAGUUAGAGAACUUUUGAUGAAUAUUCAGAAAAUAGAUGGUGAUUACUAUCCUGAGACAUUACAUCAGAUGUUCAUUGUGAAUGCCGGCCCAGGGUUUAAACUCAUAUGGAACACAGUAAAGAGUUUUCUUGACCCCAGAACUUCUUCAAAAAUACAGUUACUUGGAACAAAAUAUCAGAGUAGAUUGCUUGAAGCAAUUGAUGCAAGCCAACUUCCUGAUUUCUUUGGUGGUUUGUGCACUUGUUCUGAUUCCGGAGGCUGCCUUAAGUCCAAUAGAGGACCGUGGAAUGAUCCUGUUAUCGUGAAGCUUGCUCGUAAUGUUGAUGUAUCCUUUAUGAGGCAAGUCAGACAAGAAUCUUAUGGAAAACAAAGAAGCAAGUCUUGCAAAGCACUACGACCGCUGAACGCAAGUUACAGUAGCACAUCAACAGCUGAAUCAGGAUCAGAUGCUGAUGAUACUGGUUCUCCUGUUGGGUCUAGAAAUGCUGAGUAUACUCGUCUCGCUCCGGUUCAUGAAGAAGUUCGAACAACCAAUUCAAAUUCACAACACAGCUGUGAAGAUAGAUUUUUUAUGGUUGAUAAGACUGUUGAUUAUGGUUCUAGAAUGGCAAUUAAAGGAGCUGGAGAGCAAAUGAAUCACUUUGCCAGUUCGGGCCUCAGUUGGUUGAAGAAGAAAGAAUCAAUUGAAGGAGUUUUGAGAUAUUUUGCAAGUGCCUUGAUGGCAUUUUUUUUCAAGCUUCUCUCUGCAUUCCGAGUUUUUGGUUGUAGACAAAGCAGCAGGGUUGAGGCAAUUUAUCCUUCAUACACAGUACAAUCUCAAGCUGAAAGUAAUCAAGUUGUUGAGGAUGUUAAAGAAGACAAAGUUAAUCCUUGUUUAGAGCGUAUACGGAGGCUUGAGCAAAUGUUUACAGAGCUCAAGAGCAAACAUACUGAGAUUCCUGUAGAGAAGGAGCGUGUGCUCAUGGACUCUUGGGAUAGAAUCAAAUCUAUUGAGUUUGAUCUUGAUAAGACCAAGAGGGUUCUGAAGUCCACUGUAAUCAAGCAAAUGGAGAUUGCUGAAACUUUUAGUGCUGUGCAGGAGUCCACCAUUAGGAAAAGAUCAAAAUGUUGAGAAAUUAGAGUUUUGCUCCCCAAAACAAAAGAAAAUCUAAACAAACAAUCGUUUGGUUCCCAUUUUUAUGGGUGGAUCAAUCAAGUUUAGGAGAGCAGCAUCCACUUUUACAUUGAAGAUUUUUUAUUGCUCCAUCUGAUCAAAUGAUGACAUCGAAGGAGCUUUUAUGUCAGUUUUUUCUUUUUUUCUGGGGGAGUUCGGCAUUUUUGAAGAAAAUAAUAGCAGAAAGAAAAGUGGCUGUAAAUGGUUGAUCUUCAUCAGAGCUGAUUGAGAGAGACAGGCUUGCUUCACGUUGGAGAGCUGUAAAUUAGAGGUCCUGCAGAACAGUUUUUCAUGGAGCCAAGCAUGAUUGACAUUAUUCUCUUCUUUUUAAUUCUUUUUUUUUAGCAGUUCAUCAUAUAAUUUUCACAUGU